GGCCAGCAGUGGAGGCGCAAAGGUCAGCGUCUUGCUCGGAGAGGAUAGGCAGAUUACAGACGCAGGUGUGGGACAGACAGGAGAUCAGACAUUUGGCCAUCAUUUUAACUAUAUUAGUAAAUUAAUGAUAAUGCAUCAUUGUGAAGCUGCUCUUUACGAGGGUAACAUGACAAAGCAGGUGAGCGGUUCGCCUUUCCUGAAGCCCUUCUUCCUGAAGACGCCCGUCAGAGUGGUCACCCCUCGGCAGCAGAGACGACACACGCUCCCCGCCAGCGAGUUCAGAAACCUCACCCCACAGGAUGCAAUCAGCGUGUUCGAAAUAGAAAGAGAAGCAUUCGUGUCCGUCUCUGGCGAGUGCCCACUCACGCUGAAUGAGGUGCUUAAUUUUCUGGGUCAGUGCCCCGAGCUGUCUCUGGGUUGGUUUGAGGAGGGGCAGUUGGUAGCCUUCAUCAUUGGCUCCGGCUGGCACAAGGAAAGGCUUUCACAGGAGGCCAUGACCCAACACGUUCCAGACACGCCUACUGUGCACAUCCACGUGCUGUCGGUGCACCGCCACUGUCGACAGCAAGGCAAGGGAUCCAUCCUGCUGUGGCGCUACCUGCAGUACCUGCGGUGCAUGCCGGGCCUCCGCAGAGCGCUGCUCAUCUGCGAGGACUUCCUGGUGCCCUUCUACCUAAAGGCCGGCUUCAAGGAGAAAGGGCCCUCGGAAAUCUCCAUAUCCAACAUGCAGUUCCAGGAGAUGGAGUACAUGCUGAACGGGCAGGUGUACGCGCGACGGAACAGCGGCUGCUAGUCGGCUGCGUUCGCUGGACUCAAUGUAACAAACCCUGUUGCACUGGUGGACUGGACUCCACACCUAACCCAACGAGAAAGGGGAGAGAGGUUUGCGUGGACAGAGUGGAGUGACAGCGGAUUCAGACAGCAAAUUGUUGCUUUUUACCGACAGACAUAACAUCAUAUUCUUCAUCAUCAGCUUUUAUCUCAAUUAAUCACACUGUAGUUCGUGGCGAGUGAGGAGGCCUAAAAAAAAAAAAAAAUAAAACUGAUUAAAUUACAACACAAUCUUUAGAAA